AUUCAGUAUCACGUGCCCUUCAAUUCCUUACAAUCAAUUGGCCCUUUGGCCUGAGUUCCUGCUCCCGAGCGACACGGAUAAAUAGGAGUUACUGCAACCAUCACAAUGGGACAAAAGGCCUCGGUCCCUCAACCAGGGGCUAAGCUCCAGGUCAUAGGUGCAGGUCUCUCUCGCACCGGUACGGCAUCUUUCAGCGCCGCCUUAAACAUUCUCCUCGACGGACCUGUCUACCAUGGGGGUACGCAGAUAACAAUGGGUCCAUCAACCGAGAUCAAAUCAUGGAUUACUAUUCUACGCGAUUGGGCAUCUGGAAAGAAUCAACAGAGUAUUCUUGCCAUGAUGAAAGACCGCACAGAUGGCUACGUUGCUAUCACCGACGCGCCUGGCUCUCAGUUCGUGCCAGAGCUCCUGGACAUUUACCCCGAAAGCAAAGUCAUCUGUACAGUCCGCGACGCUGAUGCGUGGGUCAAGAGCAUGACCCAGAUUCAGGGAUUGGCUACACUGUGGUUUCUACGCGCCGUUCUUCUCCCACUGCCUGGAAUGCGGCACUUUGUUGACUAUAUCUCGCUCCUGCAAGCGCAGUGGGAUAAGGUGUAUAACGACGAGCGUGCCUUUGAUAUCAUUUAUGAUCGACACAUUGAGUGGUUGAAGGAGAUAGUGCCCGAGGAUCGACUGGUAUUCUAUGAUGUCCGGGAAGGAUGGGAGCCUCUUUGCAAGGCAUUAGGCAAGGAUAUACCCGAUAUUCCAUUCCCACGGAUCAACGACUCCAAGGCUAUUGAUCGGGUUGCGCAGUACCAUAUUAAGCGUGGGCUACUGAGAUGGGCAGCAGGCUUUACGUUGGCAGGUGCCGCUACUGCAUGGCUAAUGCGCGGGUGAAAAACUAAAAUUGAUAAUCGAGGUUAUGCUGUAAUUAGUUGACUGUGGACAUGCAUAUAAACUAAGCUCAUCAACAAUCACUCGCUAGAAAUACUAGGGGGGUAGUGGUCACUCAUAUCAUGUGGCUUUGUCAGUCAGGGCGAUAAGGGAAAUGGUUGAGAUUAUUGAC